AUGGCGAAUCUACCGCUCUUAUGGGCACAAGUCCUGGAUAGCAUCUGUGACAGCACAACCUUGAUUUUACUGUUAAUUGGGGCUGGUCUCUUACUAACUUGGAGACUGUGGAGGUUUUCCGUUCUCCCCAGACUAUAUCCAAACGAACCCAAAGAAGCUCCAUAUUGGAUUCCCUGUCAUGCAAUACCACUCGCACUUGACUUCAACGGAUCGCUAGCCCGCAUAAUUGAGCGAUUCGGCGGCUCGAAGCGACCGUUCGCAAUCGUUGCGGGCGGAGUCAAGAUUUACAUUAUUACCGAUCCUAAGCAUGUAGCCGAGACUUACAGGAAAGAAGCCGUUCUCUCGAAUGAGGCUAUCGUCCGAAGCAUACAUGCUGGUGUGGGGAUGAAUCCAAAGGGAGUGGACAAGCUAUUCACCGUGGAUGAAUCUGCUUCGUUUAAUCAGCAGCAGCCCCGACCACUUCCACCGAUCUGGAUGAUGGUGGAUACUCUUCGCCAUCAUCUGGCGCCUGGAAUUAUGCUAGAUGUGUUCCUUGACCAGAACACGCUGCCUCUGGUCCGUCGCGCAUUUGAUUUCGAACGCGAAGGCCCCCAUCCAGCGCUUUUGGGCGAAAAGAACGGCCUGAAGGCUAUCUCUCUCGAGGAGCUAUGUAUCGAGGCGCUAAUUACCAAUGUUCUUGAAGUAUUUUAUGGACCAGCGAUCUGGAAACUCAAGCCUGAUUUCGUGCAUUGGUUCAUGCUCUGGGAAAGAGUCAACUGGAAGCUUCUCUUCAAUUUGCCCGGAUUUUUGAGUCAGGAUAUGCUUGCAGCCAAGGCGGAGAUGACUGAUUUAUUUGAAAAGUAUUGUUCAUUACCUCGUAGUGAGCGACCGGGCGCGGCCCCUUGGAUGAUUGCUCUAGAGGACAAUAUGCGAGAGUCGAAUUUUACCACUGAGGAGCUCGCUCGAGUAUUGACUCUUCAGACCUGGGCGAUCGUGGGAAAUAUGUACAAGUCGGCAUUCUGGCUGAUCGCUCACCUAGUUUAUACUCCCAGCGAUCUCGAGAUCGUACGCAAUGAGAUCUUACCAGCGAUCAAAGGCGACCAAAUUGAUCAUCACCAUCUGACAAAAAAUUGCCCAAUCCUCGACUCUUUAAUGUCGGAAGUCCUGCGCAUCACGACGAGCACUCCCAUCGUGCGAGAUGUGAUGGAGGAUGUUUGCAUCGGUGGAACCACACUUCGCAAAGGGAAUAAGAUGCUGAUAUCUUACCGUCAACUACAUCUCAAUCCUGAAUCCUGGGGCCCUAACCCCGAAGCGGUCCAAGCAGAUCGUUUUCAGCAAACCAAGAGCCUAAAAUCCAGUCUCAGUUAUCGUCCAUUCGGUGGUGGAAGCACUCUUUGCCCCGGACGUUUUUACGCCCGAGGGGCCAUCUACCCCGUCGUGGCAUUGUUACUUAGCCGAUACGACAUCAGCAUAGGAGAUCUAGAUCGGGAAUUGGGGGCCACAGAGAAUAAGCAACGAGACCCGAAGAAUGCGUCGUUCCCCCGACCGGAUUAUUCCAAGCCUAUUCCUGGCGUUGUAUCUCCCGCCAAAGGCGAGGAUAUCAGGAUGGUGCUCAGUCCUCGAAAUAUGGGGCAGUAA